AUGAGGUCUUGGGACCAGUUCCACGACUGUGCCAACGUGGCCAUGGCGGGCUGCCCGCAGGAGGCGGCGGCCGUGUGGGAGUCGCUGCGCCAGGAGUCCAAGAAGAUGCAGUUCUCCGGGAACCUCUACGACAUGUGCUCCAACCGGGACGGCCUCCCCCCGGCGGAUUCCGCGGUUCCCCGCGGCUCCCCGGGCAAAGAGGAGGUCAGCCAGGAGUCUCUGCGGGGGGGCGCGGCCGGGCGGGGGGGCGGCCCCGGCCUCCUGGGGCUGCUGCUGACCGCGGCGCUGCUGCUAAUAUCGUGCCUCGGUUGUUUUGAUCUGUUCGGUCCAGGCCUCUGCAUCCUGAUUUUUAACCCUGCAGUCGGGAACAAACCGAUAGCUUCUCCGGUCACAUGUCUGGUGGAUUUCACGCUCCAGAUCAGGCAGCAGAAAAAGCCUCAGUUCUUUGUCUGGCUGCAGCCGGCCGUCUGUGUUUGUAGCAGCAGCUCUGAAAAUAUCGGCCUGCCUGAUUACUAG